UCUGUCUCUGCCACCCCCCUCUCUCUCUCCUCUCUCACACUCUCUAUCUUGCUCUCUAUGUCAGACCAGACAAUGUUGACUUAGAGUAGGCCUUUACAAGGUGUUUCGGAGCAUGUGUGUACAUGCACCCUAGCAUUGCCGUCUAUGUCCGGGCAUGCCAUAAUUAGAAUAUCGUACCAUUUUUUGGGUUCCCAUCCCUCUUUUCCUUCUCAGCUUCUCUCCCCUCAUCUCAGUGUAUCGUUCCUCUCUCUCCACACCAGUCCUCACCUUUUUUUCCCCCUGUCCUGGCAGCACAUGUGUCUGUGGGUGUGCAGUAGAACAUGUCCAAUGAUGCACACCUUGCUUGAGGUCUGAGGUUAUAGGCUAUGCUCCUGUACUCUGCGGUGCUCUUUCGUGUUUGGACGUUUGACUGGCUGAAGAUUUGACAAAUGAGACGAAUGCUCUAGAGGAUGUACUACGUGAAAAAGAAGUCCCAGUACAACUUGCUGAGCAGCAGCAUGGAGAGCCUGGGGAGCCGCGCCACGUCCGCCAGCCCCUACAGCUCCGAGAACACGUCUUCGUCGGCCGUGCCCACCCCUUCGCCUUACUCCCAGCCCAACUCCACCUUCGAGGGUCUGUCCCCUGCUCCAGCAAUCCCCUCCAACACCGACUACCCGGGGCCGCACGCCUUCCAGGUGUCCUUCCAGCAGUCCAGCACCGCCAAGUCCGCCACAUGGACCUACUCUCCUUUACUGAAGAAGCUCUACUGUCAAAUUGCCAAAACCUGCCCAAUCCAGACCAAGGUGUCCUCCUCCCCUCCUCAUGGCAGCAUCAUCCGAGCCAUGCCAGUCUACAAAAAGGCAGAGCACGUCACGGAGGUGGUCAAACGGUGCCCCAAUCAUGAACUUGGACGGGAAUUCAAUGAUGGUCAAACAGCCCCAGCCAGUCACCUAAUCAGAGUAGAGGGGAACAACCUUUGUCAGUAUGUGGAUGAUCCUGUCACUGGGAGACAAAGUGUCUUCGUGCCCUAUGAGGCUCCUCAGGUUGGGACUGAGUUUACCACCAUCCUUUAUAAUUUUAUGUGCAACAGCAGCUGUGUGGGUGGGAUGAACAGGAGACCCAUCCUCAUCAUCAUCACUUUGGAAACUAGAGAUGGCCAAGUGUUGGGCAGACGAUCAUUUGAGGGUCGUAUAUGCGCAUGUCCUGGACGAGACCGCAAAGCUGACGAGGAUCACUUCAGGGAACAGCAGGCCCUGAAUGACAGUGUGGCCAAAAACGGCGGUGCCAACAAGCGCAAUUUUAAACAGAGUCCACCAAAUAUUCCCAGUCCAAAUAUCAACAUAAGAAAGAGACGGCAUGGAGAAGAAGAGAUUUACUAUAUUCCUGUUCGUGGGCGGGAUAAUUUUGAGCUGCUGAUGAAGAUUAAAGACAGUUUGGAGCUGGUGGAGCUGGUGCCGCAGCCGCUGGUGGACUCCUACAGGCAACAAACGCAACAACAGCUGCUGCAGAGACCAAACCACAUAGCAUCCCCCACCUCUUAUUCGCCAUUGUCCAACAUGAACAAGAUGCAUUCACACGGAAACCUCGGAAAGACGCAGUCCCUCAACCAGAUGGUGGGGCACCAACCUCAGCAGCAUCCCAAUGCCAACCACACCAUUUCUCACAUGGGUCCCAGCAUGCUCAACAGCAACCACAUGCAGGGUAACGGUGACAUGAACAGUGGCCACAGCAGUCAGAAUAUAGUGUCUGCUUCCCACUGCAGCCCGCCACCUUAUAACCCUGACCCCAGCCUUGUCAGUUUUCUCACCAGUCUGGGCUGUCAGAACUUCAUUGAAUACUUCACCUCACAAGGCCUCCAGUCUGUCUACCAUCUCCAAACACUCACAAUGGAGGAUUUGGGCGCCCUGAAGAUACCGGAGCAGUCUCGCCUCGCAAUCUGGCGAGGUCUGCAGGACAUGAAACAAGGAGCUGCUCAUCAGCUUCCAAACUCCAGCCACCACCACGAAUACCACGGCCAGCAGCUGCUUCGCUCCAGCAGCAACAUGGCCGCCUCUGCCAUGGCCGCCAUAGGGGCCACCGGCGGGGAGCUGCAGCGUCAGCGGGUCAUGGAGGCAGUGCACUUUCGUGUCCGCCACACCAUCACAAUCCCCAACAGGUCUGGCGUUGUGGGGCCCGCGGGCAUGGCACCGGCUCCCGAUGAAUGGGCUGACUUUGGUUUUGACAUGCCUGACUGCAAAGAGUCCCGAAGCAAGCAUUCCAUCAAGGAGGAAUUCAUGGAAAGCGACGUUCACUGAGACUGCAUUUGUCUGUCUGCGUCCGUUCAUGGCUUGAUCGUGGGUUCUUUCAGGAUACCUGGAGGUUUUGAGUGGUUUGAUUUUUUUAUUUUUUUUUCAUCCCCAAACGAAUAGCCUCCAUUUUAAUUUUGGGAUUAUUCUCAGUAGCUUUAAAACUAAAUUCCCCUCCAUAAAAGUGCAACAUAUUCCACAAAGAAAUUAAGGGAAAAACACAUGCUGUAAUUAUUGUUUUUCCCCUUAUUCUUCUAUCACUCUCUUUUGCAUCAUGCCACCAACUAACAAUGUAUGUUUUAUUUUAUUAUUUUUUUAUUUUUAUUUUUUUGGGGUGGGGGGGGGGGGGAUUUUUUUCAAUUAAAUUAUUUAUUUUAUUUUCUGUUUUUUUCUUUUCUUAUCUUGUACAAAUGUGUAUAGCGUAUCUUGUAAAUGUUUUGGACUAGAUGUGGUUAAGAGUAUUCAGAUUCUAAACGAUGCAUCGCCUGUUUGAACCAAAUGUUUAGAGCUGAAUAGUAAGUCAAAGCUAUAACUAUGAUACCACAGUCAUGUAUUUUUUUUUAACUACAACAUGAGUAACUUUUAGUUGAAUAUGUUUUAUCGUGUCAUUGUUGGAAAUUUGUUUUAUGUACUUCAGCUUUACUUGUGUAUAUGUUAACAAGUGUUAUAGCUUUUGCUAUUUAAUAUGUUAUAGAAAACAUUUAGUGACAUACCCACAAACCAGCUAAAAAAAACAAAAGCAUCAAAAACAGUAUUAUGUUGAAAUGACUGGAUUUUAAUUAGUUAUGUAAAUAAUAAAUUAAGAACGGUGUCCCUAUUUGUCAAGAUGCAUUUUCUGAAUAGCUUGUAAGUCCUUGCGGGGCAAGGUCCACAUGUAUUGAGUAGUGCAGAAAUAGUGUGGAAUAGUCUUAAACCAUGCCUCAAUCUCACAAAGACUGAAAAACAUUUAUUCAAAGCCCUUUUAAAAUAAUAAACUAAUGCCCAGCUUCUCAAAAGGAAAGUAUAAAGAAGAAUAAAGAUGGCUUAAGACUUUUCCAAAGUAAUGCAUCUGUGUUCUAUGUCUUCAUGGCUCUUGAUUAUGACCACAUUCCAGUUUUAUUUCUAGAUUUCAAACCAACAAAAAUAAAGUAUGUAUCAUGUUGUGACAUUUAUUUGCAGAAUUUGGGUUUGCACCUAAAGAAAAACCUAAUUUACAGCCAUUUUCUAAGGUCCUCAGCAAGAAACAUACUUUCAUCCAGACACCACCAACUGUCUGAGAACAAGCACUUUAAUGCUUUAAAGGUAAAAGUCCAAAUGGUCAGUAUUAGGCACUUGCAAAAAUGUAAAUACAAAUUGUGUUUUGUUUUAAUAUUCUGAUCUAACAGCCUUUCUUCAUUUUUAUUUUUUUGUACCAGUUUUGUAAAGCGAUGUGAUGUACUUUUUCGUCAGUGUAAUUUGUUGUUAUACACACUGUUUUGCUUUAAACCGUCAUUUUAAAUAUUUCCCCUCAAUGUCUUUCCUUAUCUUACUAAUAAAGAGUUUCAACUUGCA